AUGCGCAUUGCAACAUGGAAUGUCCGUACUAUACGGACAGGCCUCCCGGACACCUGUGGAGGUUACGGAUACGCACAACAUCUGCGUAAAACUGCCGUGAUAGAUGCAGAGCUGAGCAGGCUUAACAUCUCUGUCUGCGCUUUGCAAGAGACCAGAUUACCCGACGAAGGCUCAUUGCAGGAGUCCUCUUACAAGUUCUUUUGGAAAGGAAAAGACUUUGGCGAUGCUCGUGAACACGGUGUUGGUUUUGCGGUCCGAAACGAUAUACUUUCCGCCAUUGAAACUCUAUGCGGCGUUUCGGAACGCAUAAUGGUCUUAAGACUAAAGAGCAGUCUCGGUCAUGUUACCCUAAUUGCUGCUUAUGCUCCGACAUUAAAAUCUUCGGACGAGUCAAAAGAGUAUUUUUAUAACCAACUGACCGAGACGGUGAAAACUGUUUCUAGUAGUGAUCGCCUGUACAUCUUGGGUGACUUCAAUUCCCGGCGCGAAGUUGAAUUUGAUGAAAACCAAGCUUACUUGUGCGUGGUACCAGGAGUAGAAGGUCUUCAUUCACGAUUCAAAAUUCUGUGCGAGCGCCUAAAGUUGGGUGCCUUCGUAUUGCAGCCUGGUCUUGUUAGACCUAACGAAACGAUUCAAGAAAUGGCUGACAGAUUUGCAAAGACUCUUCUCAAAAAGACACAGUUGAAGAAUAGAUUUUACUUACUGGGUUAUGAAAGUGGUGUUAUGGUAGCAUUGGAAAUGGCGGCAAUUUUGGAAGAUCAAGGUAUAAUUGGCACUGUGUUUUGCAUUGGCGGUUCUCCUAAUGAAGUGCAAACGGUAAUUGAAGAAAAGCUUGAACGUUACAAUACUGAAGAAGAACUACAAAAUGCCGUUAUGCGACAUAUGUUUAGUUUAAUUACUAAAGAAAAUACGCUGGAUUUAGACAAGGCUCUACAAGAAAGCUUGACGUGGGUAGAAAAGAUCUCGCUAACCGCACGCAUUUUAUAUGGCCAAGUUAGGCAUUCGAAUGAAUAUACUAAAGAAGUCAUAAAUGCGGCAUAUUCAAGAAUUGUACAAGCUCGUUGUUAUAAUGCUAAACCCCGUCAACUUCAGUCUCUUUUAAUAUCAAUCCGGCCUUCAUCUAAGCGUGAUCGGCAAUUGAAUAAUAACCUACAUUCUUUGCAAAACCAUUCACUACGCAAGGUAGUCGAGUAUCAGUUGGAAUCUCCAUUUGCUUAUGCUGCCUAUGACUUGCAUUGCAGUGCGAUAGUUAAUCAUCAUCUUGAUGAAGACAUUCUGAAAGCUUUUGAUAAAAGAAAUUUGUGCAAAUCGUACAUUACGAACGCUGACUCAUUUAUAUCAAGGAAA